CACGCUGCAGACGAAAAGCUUUCUUCAUCACUCUCUCUCGGAGUAGAAUGAAACUGUGAGAGAAAGCCCUAAAACCCACCACCGCGAAGAAAGAUGGAUCGCAAGGGAAAGGGAAAACAGAUCGCCGGAGCUGGUUCAUCUUCCGGAAAGAAACGAAAAGGAGGAGUCGAGUUUAGAGACGAAGGCUUGAGGAUUAACAGUAAGCGUAAAAAACCAGGGGUUCUUCAGUUCUUCGAGGAAUCCGCUGAGGUUGGUUACUAUGGAGGUAGCUCCGACGAGGAAUGCGACAUGGAUGAUUUAUUUAACGAUAUGGAAAAUGAGCCUGAGGUGGAGACAAGUGGAAAGGAUGACAAGGGGGGAAAGGGAAAAGGCAGCUCUUCCUUUGUUUUCCCUAAGGAAGAGGAGAUGAAUGAGGAUGACUACGAUAGAAUGAUGGAAGAAAGAUACAAGCCUGGUUCUGGGUUUGUUAGAUAUGCUGCUGAUGAUGUGAAAAGUUCCAUCGAGAUGGAUGCUCUUGUUCCUACUGCUCAUGAUCCUCCGAUAUGGAAAAUAAAGUGUGCGAUUGGAAAGGAGAAGCAUUCAGUCUUCUGUCUCAUGCACAAAUUUGUCGAGCUGCGGAAGAUAGGGACCAAACUAAAGAUCUUGUCGGUGUUCUUUGUGGAGCAUGUCAAGGGGUUUAUCUUCAUAGAAGCUGACAAGGAACAGGAUGUUCUUGAGGCAUGCAUGAGUUUGAACGGCAUCUACGCCACUCGGAUGAUGCUACUUCCUAAAUCUGAAGCUCCACAUCUGCUCACUGUACAAAGAAAAACCAAAACCUUUUCUGAGGGAACAUGGGCUCGUAUUAAGAGUGGUAAAUACAAAGGAGAUCUUGCUCAGGUUGUGGCUGUGAGUGACACUCGGGGAAAAGCUCUGAUAAAGUUGAUUCCAAGGAUUGAUAUAGCGGCACUUACCCAAAAAUACGGUGGAGGUGUUUCUGUCCAAAAAGGCCUGAACCCAGCUCCUAGGUUGAUCAGUUCAAGCGAGCUUGAGGAGUUCAGACCCAUCAUUCAAGUGAGACGUGAUCGUGACACUGGAAUGACUUUUGAGCAUCUUGAUAGCCUGAUGCUGAAAGAUGGCUUCGUGUACAAAAAAGUAUCCUUGGAUUCACUCACUUCCUGUGGGGUUAAACCGUCAAAGGAGGAGAUACUAAAAUUCACUCCUUUAGAAGAGAAAGAAACUGGUGACGUGGAGUGGAUUUCCGAAAUUUAUGGUGAAGAAAAGAAGAAGAAGAAGAGUAUUCCCGCUGGCAAAGGGGUUGAGAAAGGAGAAGCAUCAGGGGGUGGAAAAGGAGAAGGAUCUUCAGAAUCUCAGUCAGAGAGUAGCCAUGAGUUAUAUAAUCUAGUUUGUUUCAGUCGAAAAGACUUUGGUCUGAUUGUGGGAGUGGAUGACAAAGGUGACGGUUACAAGGUUCUGAAAGAAGGUUCUGAUGGACCUGUUGUAGUCAGUGUUGGAAAAAAGGAGAUGCAGGAACCGUUCGAUUCAAAAUUUUCUGCCCUGGAUCUAAAUAACAAACAGAUUUUGAUCGGUGAUGUUGUGAAGAUUGCCAAAGGCCCAUCUGAGGGUAAACAAGGAGUUGUGAGGCAAGUGUACAGAGGGAUUAUAUUUCUUUAUGCGGAGGGUGAGGAAGAAAAUGGUGGAUACUUGUGUUGCAAAUCACAAUCGUGUGAGAAAGUUAAACUUUUUACUGAAGAAUCCAAUGACAAGACUGGUGGAUUUGAUGCUUCUGCUUUUGGAGAUUGUACAUCCUCUCCGAAAUCGCCACUAUCUCCUGAAAAAGAGUGGCAGCAGCAGCCCAAGGAGAAAUACAUUAACUCCAACCAGGGAGACAAAGGUAGCAUGUAUUCUAUAGGCCAAAAGCUGAGGAUACGUGUAGGUCCACUGAAGGGGUAUCUCUGCCGUGUAAUAGCGUUGCGUUAUUCUGAUAUCACAGUGAAGCUUGAUUCCCAGCAUAAAAUUUUCACAGUUAAAAGUGAGCAUCUUGCUGAGGUUCGUGACAGAAAUACUGUGCCAAGUAUGAGUGGGGAUGCUGGGAUGGGUUCCUUUCAACAAUUUGACAUGAUUGGAACAACAGAAGGCAACAAUGGAGACUGGGCAAAAGGAGCAGGCACGUCCGAAGAUAACACUACAACGUGGGGCAACACAGCAGCUGAGAACAAACCUGACUCUGCUGGUGAUCAAUCCGCUGGUUGGAAUGCCUGGGGUAAACCACCUGCUCCUGAAGCUAGCACUGUUGGUACUUGGGGAGAUGCAAGUACUCCAAAAGUUGAAGCUUCUUGGGGAAAACAAGGAGCUUCAACUUCCAAUGUUGAAGAUUCAGGUUCUUGGGGUAAGCAUGGUGGAAGCUCUGAUGGUAAUAAACAAAACGAUGACUCAGCAUGGGGUAAACUAGUUGAAGAAUCAAGCCAGAAGAAAGAAGAAUCUUCUUGGGGAAAGAAAACGGGAUCAGAUUCUGAUUUGGGAAAAGGAAAUGGAGAAUCUACUUGGGGCAACAAAGAUGGAAAUUCCAGCGCAAGUAACAAAGAGGGAGUUUCCUGGGGGCAACAGGAUAAAGGCUCCGACGGGAACCAGGGAGGAUCAUCGUGGGGUAAGAAGAACGACAAUGUUAAAGAUGAUGGAGGGUCUUCUUGGGGCAAGAAGGAUGAUGGAGGCUCAACGUGGGGUAAGAAGGACGAUGGAGGAUCUUCAUGGGGUAAAAAGGUUGAUGACGUUAUCAAGGAUGAUGGAGAAUCGUCUUGGGGCAAAAAGGUUGAGGGUAAUAAGGAUGAUGGAAGAUCAUCUUGGGGCAAAAAGGUUGAGGGUAAUAAGGAUGAUGGAGGAUCAUCUUGGGGCAAAAAAGUUGAGGGUAAUAAGGAUGAUGGAGGAUCAGCUUGGGGUAAAAAGGUUGACUGUAACAAGGAUGAUGGAGAAUCAGCUUGGGGUAAAAAGGUUGACUGUAACAAGGAUGAUGGAGGAUCGUCUUGGGGCAAAAAGGAUGACGGUAAUAAGGAUGAAGGAUCGUCUUGGGGUAAAAAGGUUGAGAGUGGAUCUUCUUGGGGGAACAAAGAUGGUGGUUCUUCUUGGGCCAAAAAGGACGAUGGGGGAUCUUCGUGGGGUAAAAAGGAUGAUGGAGGGUACUCAGAACAAACAUUUGAUAGGGGAGGACGUGGGUUUGGUGGUAGAAGAGGUGGCGGUCGUCGAGGUGGUAGGGAUCAGUUUGGGAGGGGAAGAUCCUUUGGUCAUUCGGAGGAUCAAGCUCCAUGGAGUAAACCAGGUGGUGGUGGCGGUUCAAGCUGGGGUAAGCAAGACAAUGGUGGAGGCGGUUCAAGCUGGGGUAAAGAUAAUGAUGCUGGUGGUGGAUCUAGCUGGAGCAAGCAGAAUAAUGCUGGUGGUGGCGGCGGUUCAAGCUGGAGUAAAGAUAAUGAUGCUGGUGGUGGAUCUAGCUGGGGCAAGCAGAAUAAUUCUGGUGGUGGCGGUUCAAGCUGGGGUCAAGAGAAGGAUGCUGGUGGUGGAUCCAGCUGGGGUAAGCAAGGCAGUGAUGGCGGAGGCUCUAGCUGGGGGAAGAAAAAUGAUGCUAGUGGUGGUGGUUCAAGCUGGGGAAAGCAAGGCAGUGAUGGAGGAGGCUCUAGCUGGGGGAAGGAAAGUGAUGGUGGUGGUUCAAGCUGGGGUCAAGAGAAUAAUGCUGGUGGUGGCGGUUCAAGCUGGGGAAAGCAAGGCAGUGAUGGGGGAGGCUCUAGCUGGGGAAAGAAAAGUGAUGUUGGUGGUGGUGGUUCAAGCUUUGGUCAAGAGAAUAAUGCUGGUGGUGGAUCGAGCUGGGGAAAGCAAGGCAGUGACGGCGGAGGCUCUAGCUGGGGGAAGAAAAAUGAUGCUGGUGGUGGCGGCGGUUCAAGCUGGGGUCAACAGGGUGGUGGUGGUGGUUCUGCUUGGGGUAAGCAGAACAACGAUGGUGGUGGAGGACAAAGCUGGUCCAAACAAGAUGAUGGCGGUUCUAAACCGUGGGGAGAACAGAGUGGUGGUCGUGGGUUUGGAGGAAGAAGAGGAGGGGGAUUCCGAGGAGGUUUCCGCGGAGGUAGAAACCAAUCAGGUAGAGAUGGAGGAGGACGCUCGUUUGAAUCAUCUGGCUGGAAGAGAGACAAUCAAGAAAACACCACUUGGAAGAGCAACCAGAGUGGUGGAUCAGACUGGAAAAAAGGAUGGGGAGAGGAUUCAAACAGUGCAAAGCCAUCUGAUUCAUCAUCAGCUGGUGGAAACUGGGGUAGCUGGGAUACUAGUUCCAAGAAAGAAACCAAUGCUGGUGGAGCCUGGGGUAGUAACUCAAAGAAGGAAACCAUUGCUGGUGCUGGUGACAAACCAAGCAAUGAAAACAAAGCAGCAGCAGCUUGGGGAACCACCGCUAACGAUCAGGAAAAUGCAGGAAACAACAAUGAUGGUUGGGGCAAAAAGCCAAGUGAUGAUGUUAAAACGAGUGGAGAAGCUGAUAAUGCAUGGGGGGGCAAGACAAAUGCAGGAGCAUCGUCAUCAAGUGGCUCUGCGUGGUGAACCGGAGCCAAAAAAAAAUCCGGAUGGUAAUAAAAAGUCCUGAAGUGACUUGUAAGUACGUCUCGCCAUCUCUCUAGUCUAAGGCUCUAAGCCCAUGUUUAGUUGAAACGCUACGAAGUGUAUCUCUUUUUAGUCUUUUGUGGGCUUUCUCUUGUUAUUGUUAAUGACCCUCGAGGCUUGAAAAACUAUUAGGUUUGUUUAUGGCCGUGACUAAAGGCUCAUCAAGGACUGGUUAUGUAGGCUCUUUUGACUUUUGUGACAUAUCGGAGUUUCAUUUUCAUUCCCUUUAUCUACUAUGGAUGCUUACUAGCA